CAGUACCAGUUCCAGUGCCGUACUUACUAGUGUGCACACAGCUUUGGCACGCCUGUAACCAGGUCACCAACCCGUACACACCUAUAGCUGGCGCUAUUUUAGACCAUAUGAUUGGAAUGCCUGCGAGACAUGCUUCCUCUUAAUGACUGCCCUGACCUCUGUCAAUAAAACACAAACGAGAGGCGACCACAAACUUUGAGAACAGUGUAUCAUCCAUGGGAGGUCAAUUACUGAGGGGAGAACGUCCUUGGCUGAGUCGUGGAAAGGGACGGCCGUACCCCGGGGAUUCAGCGCUUGACGGAUGGAACUCUAUUAAUUCAUUAAAACCCACUUCCGACGGAAUUGGCCGCACGAUAGAUUUAUGUAUUGGGAGAAAAUUGACAAAAAUUAAGCCAUGGACGAUGACAUGGUUUCUGUUAUUGGAUAUGAGUUAUGCUUAAUUUGAUUCAAUCAACUACCCUUCAACAUUUAACCUUUUAAAAGGUGAACUUAACACAAUAAAAUUGACAGUUUGCUCCCUUGAAGAAAUCUAAAGGGUUGAUUUAUACAGAAUUUAAUCUUUGUCAAAUUCCGUUUCACAAUUUGAAAUGAUGUGAACAAUAUAAACUAAUGAAAGAAGGGCGGUAUAGUGCUUAGCAAGGAAUACAGUGUAAUCCUAUUUGCGUAUUUAUUAAUUUUGAGCGGUUAACGUUAUCAAAUAUACACAGAAGUGCUACCAUCCUACGUAUACCCGUAAGACUGUUCAGUACAAGUAUAUCAUUUAGGUGUUUAAGUAUACGAAUAAGAUUCGGUCAAAUUGCUAAGUAUACUUAGGCAAUCCUAUUCUAAGUCUGCGAUAGUUCGUGUUAUGUAGAAAGAGAGUGUAAAACAAGCUGCGAGAGCAGGUUCUGAUGGUGACGUGAAACAUUCCUGGCAUAUAUUGCCUAGUGUACACAGACCGUCGCUAUGCUAAGAGAGUUAUGCUCAUCAAGGGAUUGCCCAGGGUGCAUCAGUACUGCCGGCGUGCGUUUAUGAUAUUGCUGAGUUGACCAAUGCGACAGUGCCCUGCCGUACGUUACUUACACCCGUCUAUGGCUGGCCCCUACCUCCGUGUGAAUGUGGGCUGCUGAUAGGUACCUUGGCAAGCUCGACUGGACGUGUGUGAAAUUCUGCUGAACGUCGCCACAUCCACAAGUCUUAUGUUUUCAUUGUUAUGUCUGAUAGUGUUGUGGUCGUCAAUCUGAGGGCUCACUCAUAUUUAUAUGUGGUUAGUCCCAGGCAUUCUGCUUUGGUCCAUGUUGCUAGGAGUAAAAAUAUCAGUACCGCACGAUGGAAUAUGGCUUUGAGGACUCCUAGAGAAGUGUAAAAGACAGCAGGUUAUUGAGUGCAGGCAAGCCGCCAGCACUUCCAGCUACAAGGUGAGGAAUCAUCAGAGAUGGAGGCUGCCUUGAUAUCCUCGAUGGACGUGACCGGGGGAGAGCAGAAGGGGAGCCCGUGGGCCCAGCCGCGGAGGGCCCGGCCCAGGGAAGCACCGCCCCGCUGGAGCGACUACCAACGGGACCUGACGGAGGACCGGCGGAGGGCAGAGUACGAUCAUCGCCGCUGCAGGGUCGUCAUCAAUGUCAGCGGGUUGAAGCUGGAAACCCAGCCGGAAACGUUGGCUCGAUUCCCGAACACGCUGCUAGGAGACCCGGUCAGAAGACAACAGUACUACGACGCCGAGAGGAGGGAGUAUUUCUUUGACAGACACAGGCCCAGCGCAGAGGCCAUACUCGCAUUUUACCAGACUGGUGGAAAGUUACAUCGACCCAGUGAAGUUCCUCUCGACGUCUUCACAGACGAGCUUCGAUUCUUCCAGCUAGGUGAUGACGUCAUCGAGAAAUAUCGUGAGAAGGAAGGCUUCAGCGUGGCCAGCUCACAGCUGAGCCUCAACCGUGACGGCUGUUUCGGUAAACUAUGGCUGUUUCUGGAAUUGCCAGGGAGCUCCGUCUGGGCUAAACUAUACGCCGUGCUUUGUGUCUGUUUCAUCCUCUUGUCCAUCUCAAGUUUAUGUCUUGAGACGUUACCCGGUUUCUCGGAGCGCGCUCAGAACCCCGAGGUUGAGUUCACCACGGAGUUUUUCUGGAUAGAGACAGUGUGCGUGGCGUGGUUUACAUUAGAGGUGGUGCUGCGGUUCGUGGCGUGCCCCAGUAAGAAGGACUACUUCAGGAGCGUGCUGAAUGUGUUUGACAUUCUCGCUAUCGUGCCGUACUUCAUCACCGUGUCUGUGGUGCUGGCGAGUAAGGGGGAGACCAGCGGACUGUACCGCAAGGCGUCGCUGACUCUGCGGCUGAUGCGGCUGGUUCGCGUCCUGCGCAUCUUUAAACUCUCGCGGUACUCGGAGGGUCUGAAGAUGAUGGGCAGUACCCUGGCAGGCAGCGGCAGUGACAUCGGCAUGCUGCUGGUCUUCAUGGUCAUCCUCGUCAUCCUGUUCGCUUCAGCUAUCUACUUUGUGGAACAACUUCAGCCGGAAGAUUCCGAGUCGCACUUCUCCAGCAUCCCUGACGCCUUCUGGUGGGCCAUCGUUACCAUGGUAACCCUGGGGUACGGUGACACCUACCCACAGACCGGAGCAGGGAAGUUUGUCGGCUCACUGUGCGCCCUGGCCGGCAUCCUGACCAUCUCCCUACCCGUGCCCGUCAUCGUCACACAGUUUGACCGGCUCUACAACCAGAGAAUGGAGAAGGACUGGGAGGAAAGGACGAAGAAAAACGUGCAAGGCACCGAGGAAGUAGAUUGAUUAGGACAGGUAAUAUAAAUGCGCAUACAGCCAGGCAUUGUGACGCCUUUAAACACUCAGGUAGUGAAGUAGUAGUAUAUGCUGCGAGUGGUGCUAAUGUUGUACAGCUCUGAAUGACUCUAAAUAAAACCACUUUCUGGACCAACCAUACAGCACCAAAGCAUUGGUCGUCUUUGAAAACAAAGAAUUGAACAACAGCAACAACAUUAACAAUGCAGACUGGACAUAGUGACACUAUCUCUGGAGUGGGUAAGGUCUGAAGUAGUAGUAUAUGCUGCGAGUGGUGCUAAUGUUGUACAGUUCUGAAUAACUCUAAAUAAAACCACUCUCUCUGGACCAACCAUACAGAAUCAAAGCAAUGGUUGUCUUUAAAAGGAUUGAACAACAACAACAAUAACAAUGCAGGCUUGACACUAUAUCUGGAGGUGGUAUGGUCUGAACUAUUGGUGUAUGCUGUAAGUGGUGCUAAUCUUGUACAGCUCUGAAUAACAGACAAACCAGACAAACACGAAAUAGACUCUCACUUACUUAAGAAAAACACCAAAAAAAAUCAAGAAUCUGUCUGAUAGGCCAUCAAUGUAUCUUCUCAGGGUAUGCUUUUAAAAGUGUAAAAAAAACGGAAUAGAUAGGCAACAUUAUCUGUGCUGUUGUUGUUCAUAUGUUGUCAGAACAGAUUACUAGUACAUCAAAUAACAAGUAAACAGUGAAGUAGAAAAAUAACAAAAAUAUAUCAUCUAUACUUAUGA